AUGAUUACUAAAUACUUUGCAAAUGUGCUGGUGAAAUUCAACCCGUUCUCACCUGCGGCAAAAAGUUCAAGAUUAUUCCUAGCUAGAGUACCAGCAAGUGCAAAAUUAAACUACAAGAUCUUGGAUAAAGAAACUGACAUACCUGAAAUCAAAGUCGAGUUUAAAGAUAAACAUGUCAUGACUGCUAACCCAGCAGAGAUGAGCCUAGAAGAGCUUAAGGAACAUUUUAAUAGUCAUUCGAGGAGGUUAUCGAUUAAGGAUGCUAUUAUGGAAUAA